GGGAAGCAGAGCUGGUGACGAAAAAUGGAAACAUUUCAGUGAUUUGGCAUCAGUUAUUUCUCCCUGCUCUCAAUACCGCCCUUUUCCUAGUCGAAGCUUCAUUGUGCGCUUUUGCCAUCGAAGCCAUCAGUACCGAUCGAAUUUAUCAAUCAAAUCAGCGAUACACAGAACCGCAAACAUGUCGAUGUGGUUGACAGAUACUCAAAAAAUUGGAGUUGUUUUCUGCUCCGGCGGAGGCUUCUUCCUGAUAGGAGGCGUCAUGCUAUUCUUCGACCGAUCUAUGCUUGCUAUGGGAAAUAUCCUCUUCCUUAUUGGCUUGACAAUCAUCAUUGGACCUCAAAAGACACUUCUCUUCUUCGCCCGAAAGCAAAAAGCAAAGGGCACAGCGGCAUUCUUCCUAGGCCUGAUCCUGAUUUUCAUGAAGUGGACCUUUAUCGGGUUUAUUAUUGAAGCAUACGGCAUAGUGGUCCUGUUCGGAGAUUUCCUGGGGACAAUUGCUGGCUUUGCGCGAGGCUUGCCUGUCGUAGGGCCGUAUAUUGGAAUGAUCGCCGAUAGGAUAGGCCUUGGACGACGAAACGCCGAGCUUCCCGUUUAGAUGCUCCUCUGAGUCUAGCAGGCACUUUUGUGCAUCACCCGAACGAGAACAAGAUUCAUCACGUGUAAAAGGCAUUCGACGACACACGUCUAACAAGAGUUGAAUGGCGGAGUUCAAGAGAAAAUAUUGUGUGGGAAUCGGCGUUAACGGCAUAAAGAACUAUCAUGAGUACCUAUAAUAAGGUGGACAAAGUACUGUACAUCACGGAUACGAGCGGAGAACAAACGAUAAAAGCAGUUUUAAUGGAGUCGAGUUGGCUGACAUUUGAUGAUCAUUUCAAAUCUGGCAUACAGGUGACAGGUUCUGGAGGGCACUCGGAUUGCCUAUAUGCAGAAUCGUGUAGAAACAAACUCGUCCGACCGAUUUUUGGUCAAAUAAGGAAAAUGUCCUCCCCCUGGUAACACACUCGAGCUCAUAGCCCAGUGCUCUAAAACAAAGGCGCUCUUCUCGGCAUAAGCUCGUUAUAGCUGCGUUGACUGUCCGCUCCACGGACAAACAGCGUUUCCCUGGCGCUUCUCAUAGUUGAAUCCGUCCAGACCCUUGCCUCAUACGCUGAAUGUCUAAUAUCCUGACUUGACGAGGUAGUCGGCAAGACCUUCGACGGUAGAGGUGGCGUUGCCAGCGACCUGGGCCUCACCAUGGUGGCCGAUGACGAUGGCCUGGCCAGUCUUCGCAACAGCAACACCGAGGCGGCCCUGUUGUGAUUAAGAUGUUAGUCAAAGGAGAUGGGAUUCGUGAAUUGGGCGUCGUACCGAUCGGGCGUAGAUACUCCGGUCCUCGGCUCGGGCCAUAACGUAACGCUCGCCAGCAAUGUAGAGACCCUCAGCGAAAGCCUUGUCCUUGGCAGCCGAGUCACCGCCAACGAUGGCAGAUAUGGCCUUCAUCUCCUCGGGCUUGAGCUAUAGUGGGGUUGCAAGGUCAGUUUUGUUCAUUAACGAGGGGCUAGCCCAUCGAUCCGAGAGGUCGAGUCGGUGAAGGAGGGUGCCGUACCUGGAGGUCAGGAGAAGAAGCCCAAGCGCUGUCGCCCGCAGCACUGAUGAUGGCGCCCUUGUCAAUAUGACCGGAGCCGACAAGGCU